UGCUUAGGAAUAUGUAGUCAAACAUUAUUUAUAUUCAUUUUAAUUAUUUCGAAAAAUAAUUAUUUUUGAUUUUCUUUUAUCAUCCAUGAUUCGAUGUUGUAAACUUAAUUUUAUAGGUUGGGUCCAUGAUGUUGCAACUGUGUCAGAAUCGUAGGUACACAGUACUUUUUGCUCAAUAUAAAAAAAAAAAGCCUCAGUGUUUUUUAGUUAUGAAUUUAUGUUUGUAGUUGGUGAGUUUAAUUCGUGUAGUCUAAUGUAUGAUUAUAUUUUAUUAUCAUACUAGUGUAAUAAUAAACGUGGCCUAUAUCAUGAGUUUUGGGGAAGUUAUUCUACGAAAAUACGGUUGGACUCGAGGGUGGUGAGCGCCAUGCAUGAAGAUCGAUGGUAUUUCACUAAAGAACAGCUGGAGAAUUCACCCAGCAAACGGUUUGGUCUCGAUGCUGACAAAGAGCUGUCAUAUCGGCAGAUUGCUGCAAAUCUAAUUCAAGAAAUGGGUCAAAGGCUGCACACCACCCAGUUAUGUAUAAAUACUGCAAUUGUGUAUAUGCAUCGUUUUUACAUGUAUCAUCCUUUUACACUUUUUCACCGAAAUUCUAUGGCAACUGCUUGUUUAUUUCUUGCUGCUAAAAAUGAAGAACAACCUCGAAAAUUAGAACAUGUUCUAAAGGUUUCCAUUAUGUGCUUGAAUAAACAUCAAGGACAAAGUGUUCAUCAAAUUGAUACAAAAUCUGAAGUUUAUUUAGAACAAGUUCAAGACUUAUUAAAAAAUGAAGAGACAUUGUUAAAAACUUUAGGUUUUGAAACUGCUAUAGAUCAUCCUCACACUCAUAUAGUAAGAUGUUGUCAUCUUGUUAGGGCUAGUAAAGAUCUUGCUCAAACUGCUUAUUUUAUGGCUUCAAAUAGUUUACAUUUGACUACAAUGUGUGUCCAGUAUAAGCCAACAAUUGUAGCAUGUUUCUGUAUACACUUGGCUUGUAAGUGGUCUAAAUGGGAACUAAAAGAUAGUAUGGAAGGAAAACCAUGGUUUUGGUAUGUAGAUCAGGCAGUAACUACAGAAUUACUAGAGCAAUUAACCACGGAAUUUUUAUCUAUAUUUGACAAGUGUCCAUCACGUUUAAAGAAACGGCUAAUGGCUACAAAUAAUAUGGAUAAAAAUGGAGCUUUAGCUAAUUACUGUUCAACACAACAAAUGCAAUCGCCUGUACCACAGCUACCUUCCAACUAUCGACAUCAGAGCCAAUCACGAAUGUUAAAUAAUAGACCUGUACCGUCCAAACCUCCAGUUGUUUUUCAACCUCCAACUAGAACUAAUGGUGUACCAGCAGAUCAUAAAUUUGUUAUGCCAGCUAGGCCUGUUCUUAAAGAACAAUCUGCAGCACCAUCUAUUCCAAACAACAUGGUUGUUUCAAUUAAACCUAAAAUUGAAGUACCAUCAAUUCCAAGUAAUAUUAAAAUUGAACCUCUCCUUCCACAGCAAAGGCAAAUUCCUUAUAAGUUUGUACCAAAGCCUCUUGAACCAGUGGUAGUUAAACAAGAGGCGGUUAUUAAAACCGAAUCUUCACGAAAUCCUUACUUUGUUAGUCGAGAUAAUCAUUCUGAAGUUAUAUCAAGUGUGCUCAAAGAAAUGACUAAGCAAAAUGAUUUAAAUAUUUUAUCUGUGAUCAAAUCUCCAAGAGAAUCUCCACUAAAGGUAAAAAAACCAUCAAUAUUUAGUCCAGUUCCAGAAGAUGAACCCCAAGAUAUUAAACCUCAUGUUCCUGUUUCUGAAACAGAAGCAGUUAUAAAGCCUGAACCAGGAAGUCCUGGUCUUCAAGAACUAGAGCCUAAAUUUGACCCUGAGCUUAUGCUUAAUCCGGUUUGUCCUACUGGAGUAGAAGAAAUUGAUGGUGAACAAUCUAGUUUAAAUACUCAUAAAAAAAAGAAAAAGAAACAUAAAGAAGAAAAACGGGAGAAAAAGAAACACAAAAAAGAAAAAAAACAUAAGGAUGGGGAUCAUCAUAAACACAAACAUAAAGAUAAGCAUAAAGAUCCGGAACCAAUUAGAAUUACAAUUCCGAAAGAAAAAAUAAAGCAAAUUCCACCUGUUGUGAUAACUACACCUCAUUCACCUCCUAGAGGAAUUAAAUUGAAAAUUGCAAAAGAACGAAUAGGAGGCAGUGGUUCAAGUUCUGGUAGUAGUCUUCGUAUUAAAAUUAGUAAAGAAGAUAGAGGAGUUAAAAGAGAACAUAGUCCUGCGGAAUUGACAACUAAAAAAAAUCGAAAGGAACAAAGAGAUUCUGAUUCUGGUAUUGGUCACAGUCAGAGUUAGUAUUUACUAUUUGUAAACCAAAGUCGAAACAAUUCUGUAUUAAUUUUUUUUUUUUAAUGACAAUCUAAAAUUAACAAUAAUUAUUUUAAUUUGUGUAGGUGUUCUGUUUUUAAUUUUAAAGCUUGAAAGUGUUAAUUUCAAAUAUUGAACAAACCUUAUUAAAAUAAAUUAUGAAAUUCAGUAAAAAUAUUAAGUAGUGAAAUUGUUUCGAUCACGGUAUGUGUCGAUGUGCAAUAUAAUGCUCUUCCCGACACUUUUGUUUUUGUUUUGUUGUUAACAAUUUAAGUGCCUUUCUUUUGUUUUAUUAUUAUUAUUUUUAUAGACAUAAGAAGUUUAUUAUUAUUCACUAAACGAGUAAACCUCCUAGUAUAUACUCGUACACAUAAAUAUUAUUAAUAGCUGAGCAUUAUCAUCCCAUAAAAUGAAGCUAUGUAAUAUAAUAUUGAUUUUGUGAUAAUGGCAGUUGUGCCUCAUACCUAUUUGUACCAUUGUAAAUAUUGUAAUGUCGACUGAGUUAAUAAUCAUAAAAA